CUUCAGGAUUGGGACUGCUCUCCCAUCCAAUUUAUUUAUCAGGACCAAUAGUAAGAAAGGGACAUAUUAACGACGGCCCGACCGAAGCCCAUUCUUGGUUAUCCGGUUUCCUUCUUUCGUCACCCACAAACACCCAAAUUCUCGGCUUUUGCGUUAUCAUACAUUAAAUUCUUGGUAAGAUCGUUAGAUUUUUUUCGCAUAAUUUAUAUUCCAGUCGUGAAAAUUUGGAUUCUCCUGCGGAAAACCCAUUGCCCCCAGAAUCUUCUUUCGUCAAUCGCAAGAGCAGAAAAGGAGUGUCUGCCUCUUUCUGGCAUUUAUCUGUGGUGGCAGUCUAUGGAUUAAAUUUGUCCUUCAUGGCAGAUAUUGGAGUACCUUCAAACGGAGCGGCAGUGAGGGAGAUGUCGGCACCGCCUUCGAACCCACCGCUGUCUUCUAUCGGAUCAGAAAGUUGGGCCAUGGCGGAGAAAUUGACACAGGACAUUAUCUUCAACGUCCAGCCCACAACUGUGUCUGAAAAGCGGAGGAAAUCUCUCAUUGAUUAUCUUCAGAGGUUGCUCAGGGGUUCCCUUCACUGCGAGGUAUUUUCAUACGGAUCCGUUCCUCUAAAAACCUUUCUUCCAGAUGGUGACAUUGAUUUGACUGCCUUUGGUGGGUCCGUGGCAGAGGAUGGAUUGGCAGCCAGCAUGGUAUCUAUUCUUGAAGAAGAGAACCGAAACAAAGAUGCGGAGUUCACAAUAGAGGAUGUUCAACUCAUUUGUGCCGAGGUCAAACUUGUGAAAUGUAUUAUUCAGAAUAUUGUUGUUGAUAUCUCCUUCAAUCAAAUAGGUGGCCUUUGUUCCUUGUGUUUUCUUGAGAAGGUAGAUCAACUUAUAGGGAAAGAUCAUUUAUUUAAGCGCAGUAUUAUAUUGAUAAAAGCCUGGUGCUAUUAUGAAAGUCGUAUACUUGGUGCUCAUCAUGGUCUGAUAUCAACUUAUGCUUUGGAAAUUCUUAUUUUAUACAUCUUUCACCUAUUUCACACUACGCUAGAUGGUCCUUUAGCGGUUCUGUACAAAUUUUUGGAUUAUUUUAGCAACUUUGAAUGGGACAACUACUGCAUCAGUUUAGCUGGUCCCGUUCGUCUAUCAUCUCUACCUGAAAUUGUUGUUGAGAUGCCCCAAAAUAACAGUGGUGAUUUUCUGUUGAGUAACGACUUUAUUAGAGAAUGUGUUAGUGAGUUUUCAGUUCCUUCAAAAGUUGGUGAAAUGAGCUCCCGGAGGUUUCAGCAAAAGCACCUUAACAUUGUUGACCCUCUAAAAGAAAAUAAUAAUCUUGGCCGUAGUGUUGGUAAAGGUAAUUUCUAUAGAAUACGCAGUGCUUUCACAUAUGGGGCUAGCAAGCUUGGGAGAGUCCUUCAGUCAGAAGAUAACAUUGCUGGUGAGCUAACUAAUUUUUUCUCAAACACUCUGAGUUGUCAUGGAACUUCACCAAAAAUGUCUGAUGAUGUCGAAGAUCUUAGUCCAUCGGCAAAAGAUUGUAAGGUUGAUGGGUUUGCUCAUCGUCUUUCUGGAGAUUCAAUAGAAUCAGCUUGCUCAAUCAAACAAAGCCUGACAUUAUGUAAUGAUAGUGAUGAUGGUUCUACCGUAUUGGGUAGUUUGUGUAAACCAUUUUUUGCCCCUCAUCUCUUCUUUACUAUGUCUGCAUGCAAUAAGCAUGAAGGAAAGAAGGGUUCAGAAAAGGAGGACCAUUCAGAUGAUAAAGACGGGGUUUUGAAUGGUUUGUGUGAUCUUAGUGGGGACUAUGAAAAUCAUGUUAGUUGUUUGCAAUAUGGUCAGCAGUGUUAUGAGCAGCCUGGAUUACCUCUGGCACCACCCUCACUGUUUCAGGUCAAGUAUUUAUCAGACUCGGUUCAGCAGCCAUCACAGUCGAUAAGAAAUUGUUUUUCUCAGAGAAGUUGUGGUGGUGCCUUCAUCCCAAUUCCUGUGUCCUAUACGAUGAACCAUCAGCCCUCCCUUUCAGUACCCAGUUUUGCAUUUGGCUUUGAAGAAAUGCCGAAGCUACACGGAACUGGAACAUACUUGCCAAACGUGAGUCGGCUGCCUCGUUGUUAUAGACAUUCAAAGGAAAGGAGUGAGGCGUCAUUGAGUUAUCCCAUCAAAAAUGAGAAGAAAACAACACUGGAAGAGAUGCCACAAUCUUAUCCUGCCGUGGACCGCCGGGUCGUGUUCAACCAGUCAUUUUGAUCAUCUCACAAGCAAAAACAGCCUCCCAAUGUUCAUAGCCCCUCCCACUAGAACUAAACCAUGAUAGAUUGAUUGUGAAUAUCCUGGCUAGGGUGUAUAUCUCAUUUUACAUUUGUGCUUUCUAUGCAUUAGCUUAGAACAUACAUUUGUGCCAAGUUGCUCUGUAUAUUAUGCUGUUUUGUGCACUAACCUUCGCUGAUUCUUUUCUAACAUUACAAAGUUACUGACUGUUUAUGUUGUGUUAUCUUGGUUUUAUUUGGCUCCUUACUAGUUAGUGGAC